AAAACAUGCGACGGGUGAAGUGCUAACAGCUUACUGUCUGUCUAUGGCUAGCAGACAUCAGUUCCAUCACGUGUAGAACACGCGAGCUCAAGCGGUGCUGACUGUGCAUCCCCGAUGGAAUGAUUGGUUUCUCACAAUCUCCCUGUGCACAGACUGAGCGCCACAAUGCAGCUGGAAGCCCAACUGCGCCUUUCCCAUAGCUGCAUUUUUUACUACAGAAGUGCAAAGCUUCUGUUCUCACAUUCUGCAGUGAAUAGAUCCACAGCAAAUUACUAUGAACUACUUGGAGUAAAACAAGAUGCAUCAUUGGAGCAAAUCAAGACAGCAUUUUUUGACAAGUCCAAAAAGUUGCAUCCAGACAGUGACCCCACUAACCCCAAACUUCACGGCCAGUUUGUGGAGUUGAGCGAUGCCUACAGGGUCUUGAGCCGAGACGGGAGCAGGAAGGAGUACGACCUCCGGCUCCGACACCCCUACCCAGGGAGCCAACCCUUCAGACCAACGUCCACUCACACCUACACCCACACCCCCAGUGCGGAACAGACGGAGCGCAUGCGGUACUGGGAGCAGUUCAACUACACCCAGGACACGGGCAGCGAGCAGUGGGAGCAGAAGAGGAAGAGGAACAUGCGACUAGUGGGCUACUGCCUGCUGACUAUGGUGGUCAGCAUGGGAGCCCACUUUGUUGGAUUCAGAAAACUGGAGGAGGUCCACUCUAACUUUAUGGACAACAAGGACCGAGCUAUAACCGAGAUUUACAAUGAGUCCAAAGAAAGAGCCAGAGUGAACGGAUUCAAAAAACAGUCAGAAAUCCUGAGACAGAAACAUGCUGAAUUUCUUGAGAAAUACAACGUGCGUAACAAGGAUGAUAAGUAGAACACUUGAAAAUGAGUGAUGGCUCUUGGAACCGAAGAACGCCUCCUUUGGCCCUCAGAGAAUGCUGCGCGUGGAAGCCGCUCUUGAAAAUGUGUUAGCCGUUAGCCGUGUUUUUUGAAGGAGUGUUUUUGAGCCAUUUUUACCUGUUUGUCUCGCUUCUGAUAAACUGAGACAGAAAGUGUGUGAAUUUGGUUCACCAAAGUGAAUGUUUUUGGUUCUUUAUAGACACAAGUUCUCACAAACGCACCUCACUUUGGGUGGGAUAAUGUAAUGUCUCCGCAAGGAAACUGAUUAGCAAACAGCUGUUGAACUUUAAGCUUCAGAGGCAUUUGCUUAUCCAGUUCUGGACUCUGGUUCUCAUUUGGUUGGUUGUAUUUGGCAUUCCAGAAAAAAAAAUGUACACUUGAGUUCUAUCAAUAGAUAUCUACACAUGUAUGAUGCAGAUGGGCAGUUCUGUGAGUAAGAGGAUGGUGCUUUACUACCUGACAAACCACAGUGGAGGGACUUGCAGUACAUGCAAUCAAUUUACAACUCAAUCUGAGUUACCCCAUGCAGUGCAAUAUUUGAUUGUGUAUCAUAAAGAUAUUGUGCCUCACUUGUUAGGCAAUGUUUGAAGAUGGUUGCGUAAUUUAAUUAAAGAUAAAAUGGCUCAUAUACUAUAUUUAAGUGUGUGAGCGACUGUGCAACUUGUGGUAAUCAACAUUACCACAAUGCCUUCAUGUGUGGUAAAAUACUCAUGUUGACUGCCUUAAUAUUUAAAUUAUGUAACUGUUUUGUGCCAUAUUGCACAAUAAAAUACUGUCACGUCUCAACUGAAAA